AUGCCAACUCUCUCAACCCUCAUAACUCCUCUAGCCCUUCUCUCCCUCUCCCUUCCCUCUCUCAUUCUCUCCGAGUCCCGGGCUAUCUAUUUGGGUUCCGCAAUUUUCAAACUGACAGCGUCCAGCGCCUUCGUCUGGCGUUCUCUCCUCUCCUCUCCCUCAUCAACCCCCCUCGACCCAUCAGUACUUGCCGCAAAAUGGUGGAUCACAUUUUCCUUAAUCUCAGGCCUGAUCGGUGACUUCUGCCUCAUCCCUUCUAAGAAAUCCUACUACAACCCUUCGGGAGGUCACGAAGGUGAUUCUAUCUGGUUCAAACUCGGAAUGUUGGCGUUUAUGAUCAACCACGCUGGAUACAUCGGUGCCUUUUUACAAUUUAUCAAGGGAGGAGUAAUGGAAAACAUCGACUGGAAGAUCUUUGGCGGGGUUUUCAUCGUUUGCAUUAUUUUGGGAGAUUUAUGUGGUAUGCCGGUACCAUGGAGAGAUGAUGCAUCGUCUCCUCUUCAGAGUACCGCUGGGAAUGGAGAAGGAAGGACAAGAAGUGGUUCACCGAGAUUACCAACAUCAUCGGCGGAUACAAAACCCCUUCCAGAUCUUUCGAACCAAAAGGCCUUUAAGAAAGGCCCUAGGCAUACUCGUUCCGACUCUGGUGUUACCGAUCUAUCGAUUUCAAUCCCUUCGACUCCAAAAUCCGGUUCUAACAAUAACUCACCUACGACCUCAACACCUCUACUCUCUUCUACCACCACCUCAUCCACAACUAUCGGAGGUAUAAUCCCUAAGAUGGCGAUCCCAUCGGAUAUGAAACCUCUGAUUAUAAUUUACCAAUUAAUCAUUACAACCAUGGUCGCAUCUGCAGCCGGGACUCGAGGAGCUUUGUCGGAACGUCUGUUAGGUGCUUUUAUGUUUAUGGUUUCAGAUGUUAUGGUUGCUUGGGAUACAUUUGGGAUUAAACCUGUUACUCCAGUGUCAGCCUCCACUAAGGCCGAGGAGAGGGUGGUGAAGUCAAGGCAAGGGUGGAAGAGCAGAGGAUUCGGAUGGGUUUUGUAUUUCGGUGGGCAGUAUAUUUUGGCUGCAUAUGGUGCAAAAUAA